AUGAAGGCAGCUGACGGGUUUGCGGGGUCACCGGGCCGCACUACCUUGCUGGUUCAGGACUUGGCCAGCUUGGGGCUUUCAGCAGACAGCAUGAACCGAUCCGCAGGACCUGACUUCUGUGAGGUCCUUAUUGGUUUCCUGGAGCCCUCCGAUAGGCCCCAGCUUCAGGCAGUUGGGGCGUUGGGUGAAAUCGCCAAUGACUCGCCCAAGUGGCGCGACUACGCGCUCGAUAGCAACGUUCUGCCGCCACUGCUAGACCUGCUCAAGCGCGACGUGAAGCUGUCCACGCUUCGCGUCGCAUCGCGAACGCUUUUUUUGUUUUGUAAGGGAGGGCCAUCUCCUCGUUUGCUGGAUAAGCAAACGCUGCCGGCAAUUGCUCGCCUCGUCGACCACAGCGACGGAGAAGUUAUCACCGAAGCGUGUUGGGCCUUGGCGGACCUUUCUAAAGGCAACUAUGCGAGUAGCUACGUCGACGAAAUUAUUGAAUUAGGAAUCUGUCGCCGCCUUCCUGAGCUCCUAAAACAUCCGUCGCCGUAUGUGGUCCUCGCGGCGCUAAGCCUCGCGAGCCACAUCGCGGCUGGCAGCGCCAAGCAGACCCAAGCGGUGAUCGACUGCGGCGCGCUAAGCUGCCUAGUUGUCCUCUUUGCCAACCCCAAGGACAGCAUCAAAGAGGAGGCAUGCUUUGCCGUGUCCAACAUCAUGGCCGGCACCAAGGAUCAAAUCCAGUCGGCCAUCGAUGCAGGGCUUAUUCCGCCGCUCGUUGAACUGAUGUCGAACCCGAACAUCAACGUCAGAAGGGAGGCAGCUAUCGCGCUGUGCAACGCGACGCCGGCCAGCAGCAUGGCGCAGAUCGCGUUUCUGGUGCAGAAUGGUGCGAUCAGUGCGUUUUGUGAUUUGCUCGCUGUCGCGGACGAGGUCAUUGUCAGGACCGCUCUAGAGGGCUUGGAAAACAUCCUCAAGGCCGGUCAACAGCAGGCGAGCAGCAACUCGUCGGGCGGCGCGGAGGUAACAAACCCCUUCGCUCAGUUAAUCCUGGACGCGGAAGAUCUCUGCACUAAGAUCGAGCACGCACAAGACCACCCGAACGAGGACCUGUACUUGAAAGCGCACGGCAUCGCCAUAACGUAUUUGAGCGCGGAGAGUGACUAA